AAAAAGAAGGCGGGGCAAAUAUUAAAGAGUGGCUGACGCCCACACCGGCCCUCAUCCUGUGUUCAUAACUUCCUGACACGGCGCUUGCUUCUUGCUUACUGCAAUUAUCAUCAGCUUCGUGGUAGCGCACGGCCUGCCAGGAUACUUCGCUUUAGGAGUCCCGUUUUCCCAACUGCACUUAUCUCGGCGAUGAGUUCAGACUUACUUAGCAGCGGCGGCUGGAACCCCCUAGGAUGGGCAUAUCAGUGGCCUUUCGAGGUGCCGCUAGUUUCUACUACCAUGUGUAGCUCAGCAGACCUAACUCUUCCCGAAAUUCCGGGCUUGACCAUACUCGCGGUAGAAGCCUUGGAAGAACGCAAUUACACAUAUACGCCGGGACUCUUCGGAGCAGGGUUGCCGGAUUCCCACCCAAUCCCAGACCUUAGCUUUUGCAAUGUCACCGUUACUUAUACACAUCCUGGCUGGCACGAUAAGAUUAAUGUCAACGUUCUACUUCCCACGGAAAGCUGGAAUGGCAGAUUCGCAGCGAUUGGCGGAGGCGUAUUUGCAACUGGAGGAGGCGAGGUUGCUGAGCACUUGAUGAUGCCUAUUAUGGCUACAGGAUUUGCAACUGCUACUACUGACGGUGGGCACUCAUCAGACGUACUUGGCCCGGAAGGCAGUGAGCCUUCUUGGGCUCUGACUAGCCCUGGAAACGUCAAUUGGCCUCUGCUUGUAGACUUCGCCUCUGUUGCGCUGCACGACACGGCUAUCAUUGGCAAAGCGGUUCAGGAGGCAUUCUAUGACACGGCUCCAGCGUACUCAUACUUUUUUGGCGGCUCGACCGGCGGCAGACAAGGUCACAUGCUUGCGCAGAGAUAUCCACAAGACUAUGAUGGCAUUGUGGCUCUGUUUCCUGCCGUGAACUGGGUCAAAUUCUUUUUCUCCAGCUUCUGGCCUACCUUCGUCAUGGACCAGAUGCGUACCUAUCCUCAGCCUUGUGAGUUCGAUGCUAUUACCGCAGCUGUUAUGUCAGCUUGUGACAAGCUUGACGGCUUAGAAGAUGGUAUCAUCUCCAGACUAGAUCUUUGUGACUUCGAUCCCCGAGAUGUUGUCGGAAAGAAAAUCAAAUGUAACGAUGUGGAGGCUGUGGUAUCUUCCGCGGCUGCAGAGGUAAUUCAAAAAACCUGGGACGGGCCGCGAAGUUCCACAGGUGAGUUCCAGUGGUACGGAUUCAGCAAAGGAACCGACUUGACGCAGCCACUCACUGGACCCAUCCAAGUCAAGUGCGACAAAGAGGACUCCUGCAAAGCCGAGGCAAAUCCUGUGUGGGCUCGGUACUGGGUCAAGAAAGACCCUUCAUUCAAUAUGAGAGCGAUAACACAUCAAGAAUGGGAUGACCUGGUGCACGCUUCUAUCAACGAAUACGACUCCAUUAUCGGAACUUCAGACCCGGAUUUGUCUGCUUUCAAGAGAAGGGGCGGGAAAAUGGUCAACUGGCACGGGACUCUGGACGCUGCCAUUCCCUUCAAUGGGAGCACCGAUUACUACGAUCGUGUUUUGGAGGGCGAUCCAGACGCUGCCGACUACUAUCGGUUUUUUGUGGCUCCUGGGUCGGGUCAUUGCUUCAAUUGCGGUCCAUCUUCGCCGCCUACUAUGCAAUACAUUGUUGAUUGGGUAGAGAAAGGCAUAGCUCCUGACACACUGCGAGCCUCAGGGUUAAAUGGGCUUGGUGUCCAAGUUGAAAGGAACCUCUGCAUGUAUCCCAAGGUUCAGCACUACGCGGGGGGAGAUCCGACCGUGGCGUCAUCCUUCAUUUGCGUUUAGGGGGGAGGUUAAAGAGUGUUCUCGAGCAUUGAAGCGCAGAAUUAUCUUUUUCGGUUGUUCGCCACCACAGAUGGUCCAUCAAGAAUUCGCAGUCAUGUCGCUCUUGAUUCUUGUUAGAUUGAUUCAUAUGCUUGGUGAUAUGCUAACUUGUACGCACGUAUUACACGCGCCAAAUAUGGUGAGCAUUGCUCACCUAUUAUAGGUUAUAUCGUAUCCAGACAAUCAAGAGAUAACUGGCGCGCUGUUGAUUUUCAAUUAACUAGGACAUGUUUCCAUCUCAGAAUCUCGGCAGCUGUAGUGUCCAGCUAAGCGAGUAAUCGUAGCCUUAAUAGACGCUGGGGGCCUCAACUUGGUUGGUAGCUAUUUACAGACGCAGCGUGAUGAUCUUUGAACAGCGGUAGGCACUGGAGGUUUCUGAGUACUUAUAUGUAACCCCUACUUGCUAGUUUGGUCAUAGGCGAGGCGGUGCAAGAAAAAAAAAAUGAGGGACUCUGCACUGAAUACAGAGGUGUUGAGUCUCACAUUUUUCUUACACCGCCUCACAAUUAAGGGUAACAACUUGCC